CAUGCGCACAUAUUCUCCGGUAGUGCCGCGUCUGGCUGCAGCGAGUCAGACAGCGAACAGAAACGAGCUGCAAGGGAGGGGUGCGCACUCGAAGGGGAAUAUCGCCACCGCCGGCAUUCCAGUCUCCUGGAAUAACGCUUAUUCCACGCUUCGGGAUUGCACUGAUUUUUUUAUUACUAUUAUUUGGACACAAGGAAGAAGGACGCGCAUUGAAUCCGCACCCGUGGAGCUUUUUAAACCAGCCGUUCCCAGCUCAAUCCCACCCUCCUCUUGUAAGUUUUCCCCUCUUUGUUUCCAGACCUAUCCAAGAUGCCUAGUUCGCUGUUCGCCGACAUGGAGCGGAGCGGCAGCGGCGGGCAGGGGGACGCCCUGGAUGACCAAAGAGCUCUACAGAUCGCCCUGGACCAGCUCUCCCUGCUCGGACUGGACAACGAUGAAAAUUCUCUGUAUGACAACGAGCCCAGGAAAAAGAGCGUGAACAUGACCGAAUGCGUCCCCGUUCCCAGUUCCGAGCAUGUUGCCGAAAUUGUCGGCAGGCAAGGUUGCAAAAUUAAAGCCCUGCGAGCAAAGACCAAUACGUAUAUCAAAACUCCGGUGCGGGGAGAGGAGCCAGUCUUUGUUGUGACAGGCAGGCGAGAGGAUGUAGCCAUGGCGCGGAGGGAGAUCAUCUCGGCGGCCGAGCACUUCUCGAUGAUCCGAGCCUCGCGGAACAAAAACAGCAGCCUGAAUGGUAACGCCACAGUGCCCGGCCCGCCCAAUCUGCCCGGCCAGACCACCAUUCAGGUGCGGGUGCCCUAUCGGGUGGUGGGUCUGGUGGUCGGACCCAAGGGGGCCACUAUCAAGCGCAUCCAGCAGCAGACCCACACCUACAUCGUCACACCCAGCCGGGACAAAGAGCCCGUGUUCGAGGUGACAGGCAUGCCUGAGAACGUGGACCGGGCCAGGGAGGAGAUCGAAGCACACAUCGCCAUGCGCACCGGCGGCCUCAUCGAGUUCACUGACGAGAACGACUUCCACGCCAACGGCACCGACGUGGGAUUCGACCUGCACGGGAACGCCAGCCUGUGGAGCAAGCCCAGCUCCAGCGUCACGCCCACCUCCGGUCGCAAGCCAUUCUCCAACUACCGCAACGACAGCUCCAGCUCUCUGGGGAGUGCCUCUACCGACUCGUACUUUGGCGGUGGCGGAGGCGGCAACAACAGCAGCUCCCGGCUGGCCGAUUACAGCCCGCCCAGCCCCGCCCUCAGCUACACUGCCUCCAGCAAUGGCAACAACAACAACAACAACAUCAACAUGAACGCCAACGCCAAUGGAUUUGUCUACGGCGGCGAGGUGAUCUCGCCCGACUGCACCGAGCUGAGCUUCGAGUCGUCGCCGGGAUUCGACCCCACUCCCGCGCCGCCGGGCCUGAUGUGGUCGCAGUACGAGCGCGCCACCAAUGGCACCUCUCCACCUUUUCCCGCCAAUGCUUCCACGAAUGCCAACGGGCUGCGCCGAGCCAACAACGGCAGCCAGCCCAGGUUGUCCCCGCCCCUGCACCAAGCCAACGGCGCGGCGGAGCACCCGCUGGCACGCCGGGUGCGCAGCGACCCGGGCGGCGGCACCCUCAGCUUCCCCGGCUACUCCCCGGCGCUUCCGGGAUCCCAUCACCCCGACUCCUCCAUCUCCUCGUCCUCCUCGUCAUCCUCGUCCUCCUCGUCCGGGACGAGCCGCAAGGGCAGUCGGGACUGCUCCGUGUGCUUCGAGAGCGAGGUGAUCGCGGCCCUGGUGCCCUGCGGCCAUAACCUGUUCUGCAUGGAGUGCGCCAACCGCAUCUGCGAGAGGAACGAGCCCAAAUGCCCCGUCUGCCAUGCUGCAGUUACUCAGGCUAUACGUAUAUUUUCCUAAACCUUGGCGACGUACGUGUGUGUGUAUAUAUAUAUAUACGUGUGAGCUGCAGUAUCCAAAAAGGGACGGUGUAAUUGUUCAUAAUGUACUGUAGCUCGGGACGAAUAUUUUCAACAUCUAAUGCAUGUUUUAAAUAUUAAAGCCUAGUAAUCAGUAGUUUUAGUCAACUGUACACAAACGUCAAUGAAGUAAGGACAGCCCGAGGUACCUUUAGUCAGUUUGUCGACUGUUAGCAUAAACGAUUGCGCUGAUCGAAUGUACUGGUAGCAGACCUCGAGGUUGUUGGGGAAUCUGGACGGCUUCCUGUCUGACAGACGCACAGAGACUUGCAGCGGUGAUGGAGAUACUGCAGCUUAUUGGAUGGAACUCGUUUGAGGGAGAACAGCAACAUAUCCUACGCAUAUAUAUAUAUAUAUAUAUGUGUGUAUAGAUCAACCAGAAAUUCCACAAGUUUUAAAUAUUCAUGACAUUAAUACAGAUUGAAGUAUUUUAUUCUUUUUUGACUUGAAAGAUUAUAUUUCGUAUUGCAAAGAUGAUGUUUACAGAUAUUUUAAUUUAAGUUCAGUGAACUUUUUUGUAGCUGGGUUCAAAUAUCUUUUUAUUUUUUAGUAUGGCCUUACGGCAACGAACACUGUAUUAUUUUAAUAUCACUCGUGUGAAAUGCGGAUGGCGAUUCAGACCACGAAAUGUGUAUUUGCAUCGAGCAGUAUUCUGUUGGGUCGGAGGGUUUCUAGGUUCAGCAAAAAAUGUCUUUUGAAUCCGUUUCACCCAGCAUAUUUUCUAUUCAGUAAUAUAAAGCAUAUUUUAUUCUAUAUUAUUACGAAAUGUCGAAAUGUAUAAAACUUAGUACGUUCAGACGAAAAGGAAGCUUUCUAAAAAUUUGUAUGAAUUAGAUUCCAGUGGGUAUCACAGAGUUCUGUUCUGUUGCGCCACUAUAGGUUUAGGAUUUCUAUUUUAAUACGUUUGUUUACCACUUGUUUAUGUAUAUGUAGGUGAAGUUACUUGAGCGUAUAUGUACUUUAUUGAGCAAAGUUUAAAAACAAAGUAUAUUUUAUUUUAUGAUAAUAAAAGGCCUUUAACCUCAUGGUCAAAUACUAAUAUUAUAUUUGCUGAAACAAGAUUUGAAAAUGUAUCAAGAGUUUUAUUUUUCUGACAUUUAAAGUUCUACAUGAUAAAGUAAAACUUAAGUAAUGGUGCUACUUCAUGUUUUUUUUAAGUAUUUCUAUAUAAGUCCAAUAAAAUGGUACAUGAACGAGA